AUGCAGUAUUGUUUUCAGACAUACAACUCAUCCUGUACUAAGGAAGUGCGAUCUCCAGCUGUUUAUGUGGUGAUGUAUAUUUCUGCAGUGGCAGUGGUGAUGCUGACAGUGUGUGGAAACCUGAUUGUGAUCGUCUCUAUCUCUCACUUCAAGCAGCUCCACACACCAACUAACUUCCUUGUGCUCUCUCUGGCUGUGGCAGACUUUCUAGUAGGACUAACUGUGAUGCCUUUCUGUUUAAUUCUUUUAAUAGAAACAUGUUGGUAUUUUGGAGAAAAGUUCUGUAUACUUUAUAAAACAAUUGGUUGUAUUGUAGCUUCUGUUUCAGUUUAUAAUAUUGCAUGUAUAGCUAUUGACCGGUAUCUUGCUGUGUGUGACCCUUUACUUUAUUCUAUAAAAAUAACAGCUAAUCUAACACGAAUAGCCAUAUUGCAUGUAUGGUUACUAUCAGUCCUUUACAGCUUGGCACUCCUUUAUUUUAAUGGGAAUAUCAGCAGUGCAGAAAAACAUAAUACUUGUCUUGGAGAGUGUUUGUUUUUUAUCAAUGAUAUGUGGAGUAUGGCUGAUAUAAUUAUAUUUAUGUUACCAUGUUUUGUAAUGUUAUUACUUUAUGGAAAAGUUUUUAUAGUAGCUAGAAGUCAUGCAAAAGUCAUUAGUUCAUUCAAGGAGCAAUUGCCUUUUUCUCAUGAACGAAAGGGCAACUGUGAGGACUUCCCACCUGCCAAAGCACCUUUCCACUGCCACCAUCAAGCUAUCAGUGACUUCCACAGCCUCCUUAUUGUCACGGACACUGACUGA